AUGGCUUCAGACUUAGCCGUAAGAUCAACGUCACACAGCCAGACAGAGACAGACGAAAAUGAAGGCAAUCCCCAGCAGGCUGAAAAACGAGAAGAAGAAAAACUGAAGUCCAAAUACCCAAAUUUAGCUAAAGGAGGAGUUGGCUCAGCUCUUCUGAACAAAAGACUUCACAAAGGAGGACAAAAAUACUUUGACUCUGGGGACUAUGCCAUGGCCAAAGCCAAGCUAAGUGCCAAAGUGAAACCACCCCCACCUCCAGAAAAAAUCAUUACCACCGAGGAUGUGGGCAUAACGAUUCCCACACCUGAGAAUAUCCACGCCAGAAAGCCAUCUCUGGUUGCAAGCAAGUUGGCUUCUGGAGAAUUAACAUAA